AUGUCUGAUUCUCAGGAACCGCCGGCUAAGAGGGCGCGGCUGGAGGCGGACGCUCCAUUCACUGGAGUAGCCUCCUUUGAUGCGCCAGGCUCGCCUAUUGACGACUUGGACGACGAUUUCUACGAUACUACACCUGUCAAGCCAGCCGCACAGUCUGCACCGCAAGAUGGGCCCUCAGCGUCGCUCACCGCGACAGCGCCUGCUCCAUCGAGCUUCUCGCUGCCAGGACUCGGCUCUCUGGGCGACACCACCGUCACACAGCCCACAGCUCAGAUCGACGCUGACACUGUCAUGAACAACGCGGUGCAUGAGGAAGGCGAGCUCAAAGAUGAGGAGGCCGACCAUGACGCGAGCGCAGUUGAUCAGCCUGUGGCCAAUCAGCUGCAGGCUCUGGACGAGGCUCCACAGCACGGUAAGCCGUCGCGCCCUAAGCUGCAUGUCGCGUCUCUGACUCCCGCGCAAGAUGCAUCUGCAACUACUACCACUACCUCGCCCAUCAUCGAUGUCGAAGCAAUUGUGACAGAGUCUGCCGCCGCCAUCGACGCAGAAGUCAAGCAGGAGCCUGGUGCUGACGCUGCACCUGCUGAAGAGGCUCAGGAGCCCACGGCAGACGAUAGCAAGGCAGAGUUCCUCCGUAUUGGUGAAGCCAACAAGAACAAUGAGGACGCUGAGUGGCAGCUCGAUUCGGAUGCUUCGGGUUCUUCCUCAGAUUCGUCCAGCUCAGACGACAGCUCAGAUGAGGCCGACGAGGGAGAGCUCUUGGACCCGGAGGAGAUGGUCCGUCUAUUGAUGGCGGAAUCUGCUGAUGAUACUGGCGCCGCCGCCAAAGCCAAGGUGAAGACUCUGAACGAGCUUGACGAACAAUACGAGAAGCCAGACAUCAAAGUCGAGAACGAGACACAGAUGACAGAACUAGGCAAGGUCGAAGCCAUCGUUGAUAACCUCAUUCUGGUGAAGGCCAGCAUCUCUGGUGACUACCAGGUGCUCGAGUCUGGAUCAGCACUUUGCCUCAAGGACUUUACCAUCAUUGGCAAGAUCUCUGAGCAGAUCGGUCGUGUUGAAGAGCCCAGAUAUUCUGUCGGCUUCAACGACCCCGCUGAGAUCACAACUUUAGGCAUCACGAAAGACACAGCCAUUUACUAUGUCGACGCCCACUCAACAUUUGUCUUCACCGAGCCUUUGCGCAAGCAGAAGCACACCGAUGCAUCAAACCUCCACGACGAAGAAACGAACGAAGUCGAGUUCUCCGAUGACGAAGCUGAGGCCGAGUACAAGCGACAGCAGAAGCAGGCGAAGAAGGCCAGGUAUGAAGCAAAGCAUGAGCCUGAGCCUGAGCCAGAACAAAAGCCCAUACCGACUGGACCUCGAGGGUACGUCGACAAGCCUGUGUCGUACUUCUCACCAGCCACCGAAUACCAGGGCGGUGGACUUAAGUAUAGUGACGACGAGGACGAGGACCUGGGCAUGUAUAAGCCGCUGGCAAGACCGAGUCACUUCGAAGAUGUCGUUGGACAGGGUGCACCUCUGGAAGAUCGCAGUCACGUUCGCAGGGGUAUGAUGCGCGGUCGAGGCGGAUGGGGCGACCGUGGGCGAGGCUUCCGUGGUCGAGGAAGCUUCGGCGGUCGCGGUGACUUUGGUGGAGGUCGUGGUGACUUCGGCGGCGGUCGAGGUGGUAGAGGAGACGCACGAGGCGGAAAGGCCGAUAGGGGAGGCGGUGACCGUGGUGGACGAGGCGGUAACAAACAGGCUGACCGAGGACGACCUCAGAACCAACAGCAGGAUAGCCGCCACAUGAGUGUUCCUCAGUCCGACAACAGGUCUGCCACAUCAGCUUCACCAGCCCGACAGCAAGAACGUCAGCAGUCAUCACAGCCACAGCACUCUCCUCCCGCGAAGAGUAAGAACAAGAAUCGAAAGCAGCGCCAGCGUGAGAAACGCGAGCGCGAGGCUCUUGAGAAGCAGAACAACCAGCAGAGCAACCAGCAGCACAACCAGCAGCACAACCAGCAGCACAGCCAUCAGCACAACCAGCAGCACAGCCAGCAGUACAACCAGCAGCAGAGCCAGCAGCAGUCGCAGAAGCAGUCGCAGAAGCAACAUCAACAGCACGCCUCGCCUCCACCCUCUGGUCCAGCUAAUACUAACUCAUAUGCGAACAACAGCAGCACAGGUUGGUCAAGUCAGUACCCACAGCCCGCGGCAUCGGCCGUUACAUUCUCUCCAGCUCCACCACCCACAGCUGCGGCACCCUAUGCACCUCCUGCACAGUACACUCCUCAAGUGCAGCAGGCACAACAGGCUUCCGCGCAGGCACAGCCAGACCAGCAGGCCAACUGGGCGGCAUGGGCGCAGUGGUUCCAGGUUGUGGGUGCCAUGAGUCAGCAGGGAGCGCAAGCUCAGCAACCCCCGGUGCCGCCUCAGCCGCAGCAGUAUGCAGCUCAAUUGCAGGCCCCAGCACCACCCCAGCCUCAAGCUCAGUACGGUUAUCAGCAGCAACCACAACAGUGGCAGUACCCGCAGAAUGCUGCCCCCGCGCCCAACCCGAACGUACAGCAGGGCAACGCUCAAGCUGGAGCCCAGUCUCUGCAGGACAUUCUCCGUGCGCUUGGAGCUAACGGUGGCGGUCAAGCUCCGUAG